UUCUGAAUCACGGCUGAGAAACGGUGCAUAUAAUGGCGCGUGUGGCAAAAACUGGCUGCAUGAUCGUGAUCGAUGUUGGACGAAGCACUUCGCAAAGCUGCGGGGAUCAAAGUUUUUUCGAGACCGCCAAGGAGUGUGCUAUGCGAAUAAUGCAAAAAACCAUUUGCAGCUUCCCACAAGACGAAGUUGGUCUAGUUCUGAUGGGAACGGAUGAGACGAGCAACCAGGUGAAUACGGAGCACGGUAGCGGGUACGAGCACAUUUGUGAAGCCUCUGAGCUCAAGCUACCCAACUGGCACACCUCACGUGUCCUGGAAAAUAAAGUGUUGCGUUCGAACAGCGAGGCCAACUGGUACGAUGCACUCAUCGUUGCAGUGGACUUCCUUCGUGCGGGUACGGCAAACAGAUCCUUCAAGCACCUGCAUAUCUUUCUGAUAUCGCCAUUAGCAAUGCCCGCCGAAGUAAGCCAGAGCGAAAUCCGUUAUCUGCUGGACAACUUAGAGGUGAUGCUGUGCCAGGUGCACAUUAUCAGCGAUCAGAUUGAGCAUUCGAAUCCGAUAACAACCAGCACCAUCUUUACCCCCUCUUCAACUGGUACGUUCGUAGACGAGGAGGUGAAGAGUGAGGAUCGCAUCAAAAAUGAAAAUCUACUGAAUGAGAUCAUGCAAAAGGAGGGCUUCACCUUGACCAACAUCAGUAUGGCACACCGAUGUUUGGGAUUUUACGUACCGAAACCCGUCCGACCGACGCCCUGGAAUAGCACGCUUACCAUCGGCACCAAACUGAAGUUCGCCAUAUCCGCCUAUUUGCUUAUCAGUGAGCAGAAAGGUUUGGGCCCAUUCAAGGUGACCAGUGCGGGCGGAUCUACAGCAAACAGCGUCGUUAAGAUGCGUACGCAACACUUCCAAAACGAGAAACCGAUCGAUCUGGAAAUGGAAGACGUGAUCGUUGGGUACAUGUAUGGAUCUACCGUUGUGCCGUACGACAAUACUAUCGAUAUGGACUACAAAUCGGGUGAGGCAGGUCUGACCUGUCUCGGGUUUACGGCCUCCAGCAACAUUCUAGACGAGUACCUGAGCGGAAAGGGCACCUACCUGGUGAUGGCGAAGAAGGGGUGCGCAGGGUCAGAGGAAAAGCUUACCGCCCUGGUGAAGGCAAUGAUGGCACUUAAUGUAGUCAUGAUGGCUGCCAAAAUCUAUCGUAAAGAUACGAAACCACGUCUGCAAACGUUGUUCCCCAUCAUGCACGAACAACGUUAUCCUUGCCUCGUGAUGCUGGAACUCGUCUUCCAGGAUGAAAUCAACCUCGUGCGAUUUCCAUCUUUUCUAUCGAGCAAACACCAGCCUUCACCGGAACAGUACGCAGCGAUUGAUAAGUUAAUCGACAGCAUGAACCUGAUGGACGCCGUAGAGGAUGAGCAUGGAGUUUCGCACGAAGCGUUUGGGUUUAACGAAACGCACAACCCAAACCAUCAAUUCCUAUACCGUUCGGUUGUGCAUCGGGCCAUGCAUCCGAAUGCCGCCUCCCUCCCAGUGGUUGAUAGCGACAUAAGUGAGCUGGUAAGCGUUCCGAAGAAAUUGGUCCAUCGAGCGGAAGCUGCUAUGGAUGAGAUCAAACAAGUGUUUCCGCUAGAGGAACAGAAACGCAUCACACGUGCCGAGUGGCUACAUCGGAUGGCAGCCAUGCACCAGGGGGGCGGAGAUGCGGCGACUUCGAGCGCAGCGUCCGCACCCGGCCGCGAUGCGAUCGAUGAGGAGAGUGAGCGGCGAGUGGUGCUGGCCGUCGGUUCGACGACACCGGCAGAAGAUUUCGAUCUGUUGUUACGGCGCGGGGAAAAGUUCGUUACGGUUGCCAAUCAAAUGCAGACCGUCAUAUUUGAGCUGCUUUUCACUUCGAUGCACACCCCGGUAGAGAAGGUUAUCAUGGCGCUGAUGAUGUAUCGCGGGGAGGCCCAAAAACUCGGUCCUUUUCGCUACAACGAGUGGAUGACGGAGUUCAAGCAGGUGCUGCUCGGCCGCAGUAAGCACGAGUUUUGGGAGCAGGUGAUCGUGCGGGAAAAACUCGGUUUGAUCGAAGUAUCCGAAAGCGAUAUGAGCACGGUUAGUGUGGAUGAUGCGAUAGAAUUUUACCGGAUCCCAGUCACAACGCAGAGCACCACGGAAACAAUCGUGAAAGAUGAUGUCGAUCUUGAUACACUGUUUGAGGAACUGAACGGAUAAAUUAAAAAAAGGGAGUAGGAGGCUUCUUCUGGCUGAGCUAAUAAUUGGAAUCUAUAUGAUAUUUAUUGUUUUGGUCCAAUCAUUUCAUAAUCGUUCAGUAUUAUUGUGAGUUCCUUAAAAUAUGUUUGUCCCAAAAUAAAUGUAUUCGAUUGUACUGCUGCAGA